GAGCGCAUCGCGUGGUUGUGGACGCGCAGCCUCACCUGGUAGAGUGAGAGAGUUCAGGAGCAGCUGCCAGGCACUGCGGGGGGAGUGACACCUGUAUACAGGUGCACGUACGUGCAGGUGGGAUUGUGUAAACUCGUGCAGCCGUCUGCAGGUGUUUCUGUUCUGACAACAUGAAGUCCUCUCUGCUCCUGCUGCUGUUGGAGGUAAGCAGUGUUUGUCUUCAGGAGAGCAGCAGGCCUAAUUUUGUCCUGAUGAUGGUGGAUGACCUGGGAAUCGGAGAUCUCGGCUGUUAUGGCAACAACUCGCUGAGGACCCCCAAUAUUGACCAGCUGGCUCAGGAAGGGGUGAAGCUGACCCACCACAUAGCUGCAGCGAGCCUCUGCACUCCCAGCAGGGCAGCAUUUCUUACCGGACGGUACCCGGUGCGAUCAGGCAUAGCUGGUUACAACAUCCUGGGUGUCUUUAUAUUUAAUGCAGCAUCUGGAGGUCUCCCCAGCCAGGAGAUCACAUUUGCUAAAGCUGCCAAACAACAAGGCUAUGAGACUGCUCUUAUAGGAAAAUGGCACCUAGGACUUAACUGUAAGAGCAGUGACGAUCACUGCCACCACCCCAGCGUCCACGGCUUCAAUUAUUUCUUUGGCAUCCCUCUGACCAACCUGCGGGACUGCCAGCCUGGACAUGGCACUGUUUUCCACUUCCAUAAGUAUUUAACAAAAGGCAAAAUAACGGCAGGCAUUGUUCUGCUCACUGCACUUGUACUCCACUACAGUGGGGUCAUCACCAUCCGCAGAGGGCUGGUUCUGAGUUUGCUGUUUCUGUUGCUUGUGGUCACUGGUUUGCUCGUAGCAUUUACGAUGAUCAUUCCAUAUUUCAACUGUGUUCUCCUGAGGGACCACGAUAUUGUGGAGCAGCCAUUUAAAUCUGAAAAUCUGACACAGAGGAUGAUCCAUGAGGCAGUCGACUUUAUAGAGAGGAAUUCACAGAGGCCUUUCCUGCUCUUCUUCUCUUUCCUCCAAGUCCACACAGCCAUAUUUGCUUCAGCAGCUUUCAGAGGAAUGAGCCGCCACGGCAUCUAUGGAGACGCUGUCCAUGAGGUGGACUGGAGUGUAGGUCAGAUCAUGGAGACACUGGACCGACUUAACUUGACUGAAAACACUCUUGUUUACCUGACUUCAGACCAAGGGGCUCACCUGGAGGAAAUCUCUGCCACAGGGGAAGUUCACAGGGGUUGGAACGGAAUAUACAAAGCAGGGAAGUCCACAAAUUGGGAGGGAGGAAUCAGGGUCCCUGGAAUUUUGCGUUGGCCUGGCAGAAUCCCCGGUGGCAGACAGAUCGACGAGCCCACCAGCAACAUGGACCUGUUUCCUACGGUGGUGCAGCUGAGUGGAGCUUCAGUCCCAGAGGACAGGGAGAUAGAUGGUCACGACCUCAUGGAUUUGCUGCAGGGGAGAGCUGAAAGGUCGAAGCAUGAAUUUCUGUUCCAUUAUUGUAAUGCCUACUUGAACGCUGUCAGAUGGCAUCCCCGAAACAGCAGCUCGGUGUGGAAAGCUUUUUACUUCACACCAAACUUCUACCCACAAGACAAGAUGGCAUGUUUCCACACAUUUAGCUGCUUUUGCACGUCGGACUAUGUGACCUACCACGAUCCUCCGCUGCUCUUCGAUCUCUCGAAGGACCCAUCAGAGAGCACCCCACUGACUCCGGACACUGAGCCCGCCUUUCACUCCAUCGUGGCCACAAUGAAGGAAGCCGUGGAGAUGCAUCAGCGGUCACUGAAGCCCGUGAAGAGCCAGUUAAGUCCAGGGAACGUGGUGUGGAAGCCCUGGCUGCAGCCCUGCUGCUCCACUGUCACACAGCUGUGUCAGUGCCAGCAGGACCCAUAGGCUGCUGUCAGGGCUGCAGCACAGUGAUGGUAGACCAAUCUGAAUAUAAAACUCUUCAAAUCCAUUAAUGAACCUUUGAUUUGUCAGAAUGCAGUCAUGUGACUGAUGUUAAUUCACUCAGUGUAGUAACAAAAGCUUUUAGAAUCAGUACCUCAGCUGGCUGUUAUAAACUGGAUCAGGCAACAGUAAAGCUGAGCGGACACUAAGUACAGUUACCAGCUGUCAGAUUACAAAUACAUUUUUAUUGGUACUUAACACAGAGAAUAAUCAUCUCUGUUAUUAUGAGAUGGUGCCAGACCUUAAAGUUCAGAGUAUUGUCUUAUACAAACAUGAAGUGCUGUGAGCUGGAAAGAAUAAAUUCAGUGUGAUAUAAAUGUAUUCACAUGGGAAUUCACAGGAUUAACACUGUCCUGCAGCGCUGCUCUCUCUGAUUUUAGCUUUAAUAGUUUUAAACUCUGAUUAGCUCCCAGCACAGACGAAAAGUCAAAUAAUGUGAUCUCUUUCUGUGUCCAGAAUCUGAGGAAAAAAACUCGAGUUAUGACAAAGAUAGUUGGUAACCAUUGUCAUGAUACUCAUGAUCUGAUACUGGAGCUUUGGUUUGGCUAACGCACUGAAAAUCUGGCCAGGUGGAAGCGGCUUUGGCACUGAGCUCAGCAGUUCUCACUUUAAGAAGCAUUUGCUAACAGAAGGACCACCUCAGCCUGGAGGACUGUGUCCCCACCACAGUGCACCAGCUGUUCAAGAACAGCAGACAUGGAGACCACACCCUGCAUGGACAGGAUACAAAAGGAUCCCUUGCUAAUAUCUGUAGAGCAUCCCUGGAGGUCCUGUUUUUGUGCCCCAGAGGGUCCGAGCUGUUCUGCAGAAUGAGGGGCUUUUACCUAAAAAGCAGCUGAUGUGAACCUUAGAUUCAGUCCAUACAGCACCUUUGCUUUUACAUUGUUUGUAGCAGAGUUUUAACAUGAGAACAUGAUGUUCAUUAAAGAGUGUCUCAGAAAGCAAGCGAGGCCCUUCGGUGUGUUCUGUUUUUAACAGUUUGUUAUAUGAAUCAGCUCAGCUGUGUCAGGCUGUGUUUGCUUGUCUGGCCUAUAAACACAACUCUUUGAUCUGGUUCCAUUAAAAAUGUGAAGACAAUAUUUAACCUGUGGGGUGUUCAGUGCACUGCGAUGGCUGCCUCAGCUGGGCUGCAUGUUCGUCACUGUAGCUGCCGCCACCAUUCUGACUGUUGUGGCUUCUGUUCUCAACUCAGAACCCUCCUGAUGUCAUAAAGAGCACCGAUGCAUUUCUAAAGACUGACUUAUUUCUGACAUGAAAAGAAUUACUCAAUUAUUGCUCACAGAGAUGAUCAGAGACAAGCUGGUUAACACAACCCAGCAUCAGUGACGAGGUUUGAUGAGCAGGUAGGAAGAGUGCUGCAGAUACUCUGACACACCGCUGCCAUCUGGGUUAGAUUCAGUGCAAUUCAGUUUCAUUCAUACAGCACCAGUUCACAGCUCUGACUUCUGUUUGCUUUUUGUGUGUAACUGCAGGUAAUGUGUGCAUGAUUGAAGCAUGCUGUAGAGGCCGGAGGAUUCCCCUCAGAC